AGCUAAGGUGCCUAAAAGGUUCAAUUUACAUUGGGGGUCUUUUAUUUGCUACCGUCCUAUCCCCGCGGAAUUGGUGACGAGCAGGCCCAGUACAAGAUGGAUACAAUUUCGUAGGACACUGCUCCUGAUUUGCGAGCCUUUGACUUUGACUCUCAUCCUGUUGUAAUGAUAAUGAGGCGUGUGUGAAAAUUCCCAUUGCUGGGUUGCAUUCUCAUUAUAUGCUGUCGCCACGAGAAAGAGCAUGGUGGUGGUUCUGGCGCUCCUCGUGGACCAUUCUGGUUGUAACAUGGUUCUGUGUGACACAUACACAGCAAUUCUGUAGGCGUACAAGGCUUUGCGCCUGUCCUGGACCUGUACUAGUCCCCAGUCCUCGACCAGAACCAUGGUGUAUAGCAUACAACCAAAAGCUAUUCAAGGAAGUAGCAAGAGCUGAUGCAGGGAAGGGCUUCGAGUUGCUGUUUUAUGGGGACAGCAUCACAGAGACAUGGCGGGGCACAGACAUGGGCAGGCCAUGCAGCCGGUGUGAGGGUGUCCCCGAGGUAUUUGGCAAAUACUUUGGAUCCAAAUACAAGGCAGAGGUCCUGGCCGUUGGCGGCGAUCAGGCUGCCCACCUGAUGUGGCGGUUGCAGAAUGGGCAGCUGUACACGCACAGCCAGCCCCGCUUGAGUGUGGUCAUGAUAGGCACAAAUGACCUGGGCGCUGCCUCCUGCCUGGGGGGCGCUGCUGGCAUUAAGAAGUCAGCCAAGGGCGCAGCUGAGAGGACAUUGGCUGUAUUACAAUUUUUCAGGGUAAACAAUCCAGGAGCGCACAUCAUAGCGCUGGCUGUGCUGCCUCGCGGUUGGACGGAUGCAUGGCAUGUCUAUGACUGGCCCAGCAUGUACAAGGGCGGCAUAGACGUGGUCAACCGGGCGCUGAAAGACUUUGCCGCCCAGGACGAUGCUGUCACCUACCUGGACUGUGGGCCGGCCCUGCUGCCGGAUGGCAAGAUUCACCCGGAGCUCAUGCCGGACGCGCUGCACCCAAAUGCCGACGGCAUGGAGCUCUUUGCGCAGUGUCUGUCCCCAGUGGUGGACAGCCUCAUGGAAGACAGUGCCCACAAUGCACCACAUUUUUGGGGCCGACGAUGAUGUUGACAUCGCACUGUACAGUGCGCACAUGUGGAACUGCUGACUGGAUUGGUAGUUUGACUGUCGGCUAGCAGCUGCGCUAGCUUUGCAGCAGAGUUUGCUUUGAUAUUCGUACGACCGCGUGGCAGACUUGUAUUAAUCAUCUAGGUUGCCUCUGCUGACUGCAUUGCCCCUUGUGCUGACCGCCUGCGCCUUUCCCUGAACUUUGAAAGUACCUGGCAGGUGCUUGGCAUCUACCUUUAAAUUUAGUUCAUGAU